AAGAACUGUCAAACCCUUAUUGAUUACUUUGAGAGCCAUGGCUCGCCAAAGUGUCCACCAGAGGCUAAUCCAGCAGAGUGGAUGCUUCAUGUUAUUGGUGCAGCUCCUGGUUCUCAUGCAAACCAGGACUAUCACCAAGUCUGGUUAGAAUCUGAUGAGCGUCAAAAUGUGUUGAGAGAGUUAGAUUCUAUGGAGAAAGAACUUGCUAAACUGCCAGUAGAUGAAACAAUUGACCACCGAGAGUUUGCAGCACCGUUCUACAGACAGUUUUUGCUUGUAACGCAAAGAGUGUUCCAGCAAACCUGGAGAACACCAACAUAUAUCUGGUCGAAGAUGUUCUUGUCCAUCACACCUUCAAUUUUCAUUGGAUUUGUGUUCUUCAAUGCCAAUAACACAAUCCAAGGUCUUCAGAACCAGAUGUUUUCCAUCUUUAUGUUCAUAACAAUCUUCAAUCCACUGUUGCAGCAGAUGCUACCGACAUACGUUGACUCCAGAGAUCUUUAUGAAAUGAGAGAACGGCCAUCAAAGACUUUUACUUGGAAGGCGUUUGUCCUUUCACAGAUUGUUUCUGAGGUUCCUUGGAAUGCACUGAUUGGUACACUAGCUUUCUUAUGUUGGUAUUAUCCUGCAGGCUUCUACCAUAAUGCUCAAGGUGGGGGCUCCCAAGAAGUACAUGAAAGAGGUGCUUAUGCAUGGUUAUUCUGUGUCAUAUUUUUCGUUUACAUCGGUACUAUGGCACACAUGGUAAUUGCCCCAAUUGAGCUUGCUGAUAUGGCUGGUACAUUAGCAUAUUUGUUCUUUACCCUUUGUUUGACCUUCUGUGGUGUUCUGGUCACUCCAAGUGCCCUCCCUGGAUUCUGGAUUUUCAUGUAUAGGGUUUCUCCAAUGACAUACUUCGUCUCAGGAUAUCUCUCCAACGCUAUUUCCAAUGCUAAUGUUACAUGUUCUGCUGAUGAAUACAGGGUUGUUACUCCUCCAAAUAAUACCACAUGUGAGGCUUAUUUUGCAGAUUACAUCGCAGCAGCAGGAAGUGGUUAUAUAAGGGACCCUGAUUCAAGAUCCGAGUGUGAGUUCUGUCCGUUGUCGAGUACUAACGACUGGUUAUCUUUGAAUGAAGUGAACUAUAAUCAGAAGUGGAGAAAUCUUGGUAUCUUUUGUGCCUAUUUAGGCUUCAACGUUGCCGCAUCCAUUGUUCUGUACUGGUGGGCUAGAGUUCCAAAGAAGAGCAGUAGAGUGAAAGAUGAGGCUCCUAAGCAGACUCUUAGUGAUAGACCAAAAGCUGGCGAGGAGUAUGCUCUUAAGGGUGAAAGCUCUACAUCUGUUUCUGUCUAG